CAGCCUGGAGACUUAGUUCGGAGCUCCUAGUCUUUAACCAACUAGGUCCUGGAAGUUGUAAGCUAUUAUAACUCUUUCUGUUUCCUUAGAUAAAUGUUUCCAAAUUCUAAUCUAUAUUGUGGUUAUUCUAAUAAUUAGUUUAUUAUUUCAAAAAUGUUAUAACUUAUUUCUAACCCAAGAGGACAAGAAUGUGUUUCAGGGCAAUCUGUCAGGACCUUGGAGCCGCUUCUUCUUCCGCCCAGGCCUGGUCUCCGCAGAGGAUUUGUUGCCGUAAUGUCGGCUGCGAUUGCAGCUCUGGCUGCUUCCUAUGGCUCGGGAUCAGGGUCCGAGUCGGAUUCGGACAGUGAGGGUGGACGGUGUUCGCUGCCAGCCGCCGACUCUCUCAUGCACUUGACUAAGUCGCCUUCAGCCAAGCCCUCUCUGGCAGUGGCUGUGGACUCGGCUCCGGAGGUGGCAGUUAAGGAGGAUUUGGAGACUGGAGUUCACCUUGACCCAGCUGUCAAAGAAGUUCAGUAUAAUCCUACCUACGAGACCAUGUUUGCUCCUGAGUUUGGACCAGAAAAUCCCUUUAGGACACAGCAGAUGGCUGCCCCUAGAAAUAUGCUUUCUGGAUAUGCUGAACCAGCUCACAUCAAUGAUUUUAUGUUUGAACAACAAAGAAGAACUUUUGCCACAUAUGGUUAUGCAUUAGACCCUUCAUUAGAUAAUCACCAAGUAUCUGCUAAAUACAUUGGUUCUGUAGAAGAAGCUGAAAAAAAUCAAGGUUUAACUGUAUUUGAAACUGGUCAAAAGAAAACAGAAAAGAGGAAAAAGUUCAAAGAAAAUGAUGCAUCUAAUAUUGAUGGUUUCUUGGGACCGUGGGCAAAGUAUGUGGAUGAAAAAGAUGUAGCCAAACCUUCAGAAGAAGAACAAAAAGAAUUGGAUGAAAUCACAGCAAAGAGGCAGAAAAAAGGCAAACUGGAAGAUGAGAAACCUGGGGAGGAAAAGACAAUCUUGCAUGUUAAAGAAAUGUAUGACUAUCAAGGCAGGUCCUAUCUUCACAUACCUCAGGAUGUUGGUGUUAAUCUGCGGUCAAGCGUGCCACCUGAGAAGUGUUACCUCCCCAAAAAACAAAUUCACGUGUGGUCUGGACACACAAAGGGUGUCAGCGCAGUCAGAUUGUUUCCCCUCUCUGGCCAUUUAUUGCUGUCAUGUUCCAUGGACUGUAAAAUUAAGCUCUGGGAGGUUUAUGGAGACCGGCGCUGUCUACGAACAUUUAUUGGUCACAGUAAAGCUGUUAGGGACAUCUGCUUCAAUACUGCAGGAACUCAGUUCCUCAGCGCAGCCUAUGACAGGUAUCUUAAGCUCUGGGACACUGAGACAGGGCAGUGUAUAUCAAGAUUUACCAACCGAAAAGUACCUUAUUGUGUCAAAUUCAAUCCUGAUGAAGAUAAGCAAAAUCUGUUUGUGGCUGGGAUGUCUGAUAAAAAGAUUGUACAAUGGGACAUUCGCAGUGGAGAAAUCGUGCAGGAAUAUGACCGGCAUUUGGGAGCCGUCAACACCAUCGUUUUUGUGGAUGAGAACAGGAGAUUUGUGAGCACAUCUGAUGAUAAAAGCCUACGAGUUUGGGAGUGGGAUAUUCCCGUGGAUUUCAAAUACAUAGCGGAGCCCAGCAUGCACUCAAUGCCUGCAGUGACUUUGUCUCCAAAUGGGAAAUGGCUAGCAUGCCAAUCAAUGGACAACCAAAUCCUAAUUUUUGGAGCACAGAACAGAUUUAGAUUAAAUAAGAAAAAAAUUUUUAAGGGCCAUAUGGUAGCAGGCUAUGCUUGUCAGGUUGACUUUUCACCAGACAUGAGUUAUGUAAUUUCAGGAGAUGGAAAUGGAAAACUAAACAUCUGGGACUGGAAAACCACCAAACUCUACAGUCGAUUUAAAGCUCAUGAUAAAGUGUGUAUAGGUGCAGUAUGGCAUCCUCAUGAAACAUCUAAGGUCAUAACGUGUGGUUGGGAUGGUCUAAUUAAAUUGUGGGAUUAAUGGGCUUGAUCCUUAAACUGUUAGGAUCAUUUUUGAUCCAGUGUUGUACUUAACUAUAUUUAAUUAUUAAAUGUGUUGGAUGACAAUUUGAUUUACAGAUAAUGUUUUUCUUACAUGGCCUUAUGACUCAUUGUUUUAAAAAAAAACUUUGUAAAUUUGACUUGCAUAAUUUCAUUGGCAACUUCAUUUGGUUCUUCAUGGAUGUUAUUUAUACAGAAAAUGAUGUUGACUUUCUAUUUGACAAGUAGUUAUUGUUGACAGACAGUUUGGGUUUAUCCCUGUGACAUUCUGAAAAGAUCCCUUUGGGGUCAAGAAAGAAUCCCUAGUGGAUUUGGGCUCUUAGAGAGUUAAUAUAUUUAAUGACUCAGAAGGGUACCUCUUCAACAAAAUGACAGUAAAGAACAGGGGUGAUGUAAUUUAAUAAAAAUCUAAAAGAAGGAUGAGACCACUUACAGUUACUGUUGCCCUUAUUUCCAAUGGGUUGGGUUCUAAACUUUUGGCUUGUUGAGUUCCACAAUUUUUUAUAACACACUGUAUGUUUUUAGUUGCAUAUCAGUAAUCUUUGACUGCAACAUCCUCUGAUUAUUAAACAGUGUAAAGUAAAAAUCAGUCCAGAGUUUUUCCUUGACUUUCUUUCUGAUCAGUAUAGGCAGGACUAUAUGUACUUAAUUACAUUAUUUCUGAAGCUGGAACUCAAGAGAUUGAGCCAAGACUUUGAUUGUAUUCACUGUCAGUAAGAACCUGGACACACUUUCAGAAAUUAGGAUCUUGUAGGUCAUUGCUUCCCAGAUGUUACUACUGAAAUCCUCCUUAUAGGAGGUAGUGUGUGAGGGCAUAGUACAAAAUGUCAACUCAUAUUUCUUUGAGCUCUUAUGCUUUAUCUUUAAAGUUUUCUGAUUUUGCUUGUGAAUAUAUACAACAGAACUUCCUCAAAUUAGAAAAAUUAAACUUUUUCCCCCAAGUCUUUGAAUAAAAUUGGCACUCCAACAGGAUGGUCAGGGUUCCCCAGUUGGAGAAGCAGUGCCCAUGGUAAAAGAAGAACAGUAGUUUUAAACAUCAGAUUAUGAAAUCAAGAUAGCCUCUUGAAUAGUAGCUAUAGCCCUUUAGAUUGGCAAGCCAUUUCCCCUGUCUUAUUGCAAGUCUGUAUUAGAUGUUCAUUGUGUGUGAAAUGUUUCGGUACCAUGUUGAAAAGAGCUCCUCGGAGUGCUUGACUUGGAAAUCAAAAUCAUGUUGAGGGCAGGUAACUUCAGAGCUUUAAGCUCUGGUCCUGUGCAUCACAAGUGCAUAUUCCUUGCCAUUUGAGGGCUUCUGAUUUAAAAAAUGUUAAAAGGUCUGGUAUGUAUGACCAGACUCUAUAGCCACAUGUAAGUACAUUUCAAAGAAGAAAACAGAAAAGGACAAUAAAAGUAAAGGAGAUGUAUUUGACACACAGGCAGACACACUGCCUAGCUGCUGCCAUUUCUGUAUCUGCCAGCCAUGGUGGCAGAUUUCUGAAGAGGAAAGGAUUCAGACGAAAUCUUUUCUUUGGUCCCAACCACUCUUUAACACAUGUGAAGGACUGGAAAGUUAUGGGACAAAAGGAACCGCACAUUUGAACUCUCUUGUGCGACAGCAAUACUGAACAUGUUACAAAUCAUAAUUUCUAAAUCUGAAUUUAUUUUACUGUGUUUUUGACUGUUUCUAAACUAAGUAAUUGUAUAUAAAAUUUGUCUUUUUUAAAAAGAUCGUAUUUUUAAAUAAACCAGUUUUUGUAG